AUGACCGCACCCACCAAGAUCAAAGCCGUCUUCUUCGACUUCAUGGGCACCUGUCUCGACUGGCACACCGGCGUCGUCCAGGCGAUGCCGGCCUCCAUCCCCGCGCCCGCCGCCUCGCAGCUCGCCCUCGACUGGCGCCGGCAAUACUUCCUCGAAAACGAGCAGCGCGUGCGCGACCACCUAGCCCCGGAGGACAUCGACCUGACCCUCCGCCGGGCGCUUGGUGUCGUUCUCGACCGCAAUCCCGACUACAAGACCCACCUCGGAGAACUAUCAGACCCGGACACGACAACCCAGUUAAUCCAAGCCUGGCACCGCCAGCCCGCGUGGCCCGAGGUGUCGACGGCGAUCCAGCGGCUCCGCGACGACCUCGGCCUCGAGGUCUUCGUACACGCCAACGGCACCACGCGGCUCCAGCUGGACCUGACGCGCUCGUCCGGGUUGCGCUUCGAUAUGCUCUUCUCCAGCCGGUUGCUGGGAGUCUACAAGCCGCGGGCGGAGGCGUAUCGAAGGGGACUGGAGCUGGUGCAGCUGCAGCCCGAGGAGGUGGUGUUGGUCGCGGCGCAUGCGUAUGAUCUGAGGGGCGCGCAGAAGGUGGGCAUGCGGACGGUUUACGUGCAUCGGUGGACGGAUGAUGUGGAUGAGGAUAUAGAGAUGGUGAAGAGCGAGUUUGAUGCGUUUCUGGAGGGGAUGGAGGGGUUGCCGGCUGCUGUUGCGGGGUUGUAG